AGGAAUGCUUUAAAUCUAUACUGCUAGAUUUAAUUUAAAAAUAAUUCUUCUGUUUCAUCUGUUCCUUCAAACAGCUGUUUAAUUUUACCAUCACAAGACUCAAGACUAAAGAAUACAUAAAAGAGAUUUAGUGCAUCUUUUACAAUUGUUUUAUUAAUUUUAUGAAUACUAACAGUCCAGAUUGCUUAGAUGGAGAAAGUUUUCGCCUUUUUGACUCUAUUCCUUUGCAUUGCAUGUCUCCCUGAGAAGAUCGUCAGCUCAAUUUAUAAUGCGACAAUCGAAGGCUUUGAGCGAGAUUGUGAAGCCAACAAUUGCCGCUACACUGGCAGAAUUCUGGCAAGUUUGUCUGUGAAAGGAUGGGCUGAAACAAACUCAGGCCCCAGGCUCAUGGUGGCUCUGGGCUAUUGCUAUGGUGAUAAGAAUGAGGUUUCAUCAUGCUUAUCAGAGGGCGCUGAUCCAGGGUUGUGCAUGCUCACGAUUUAUCCCUGUAGCUCUGAUGGGGAAGUGGGACCUUGUCUCACUGAAUGUAAUGAAAUAGGUGAAAAUCAAUCGAAAUUCACGUUCUACCCCUUUGUUCUAUAACGCCUUGUAUCAGAUUGUAGUGCAGGAAGUACCCUCGGGUGAAGAGCCGGGUGGAAUUGUACACAUUAGUAACGUGUUUGAUGCUUCCAUAAAACCGGGU